GUUAAAACUGCCUGCUCAGUUGUACAUGUAUGAGGAGUGGUACUAACUGCACUAACUGAAGAUUAAAUCCUUAUGAGGACUGAGUUAUAACACGUUGUGGGCUAACCACGAUCGGUUGCCCAUAUUCUGGGAUGAAACUUGGGGAAUGACGGAGAGACACACAGGAGAACUGGAGCUGGGGGAAGGGGACCAAACUGAAACAAGUGAUAUAGAUGAACUCGAGUUGAAUGCUAUCAAGAUGCGUGUACGAGAGAUGGAGGAAGAGGCAGAGCGUUUAAAGGGGCUAUCUGGCAAGGAGAGGACCCUGGUUGUUAGCCCUAUGGCUGGUAUGACACACAUACAUACAUACAUACAUACAUACCUUUUUCCAAACUGUCCUCCUCGGCCAUUGAGUGUGGAAGAAAAGAAAGAAGCUGACAGACGUUCAGUCUAUGUGGGAAAUGUAGACUAUGGAGGCACCGCCCAAGAUCUGGAAUCCCACUUUAGUGGCUGUGGAUCUAUCAAUAGAAUUACCAUCCUAUGUGACAAAUUCUCUGGGCAUCCAAAAGGAUAUGCAUACAUUGAGUUUGCAGAGAGGAACUCUGUGGAAGCUGCCAUUGCCAUGGAUGAAACAGUCUUUCGUGGUCGAAUAAUUAAGGUUUUACCCAAGAGGACAAACAUGCCAGGAAUCAGCACCACGGACAGGGGAGGAUUUCGUGGCAGAUCUAGAGGGCCACGAGGCAAUUUUGUAAGGGGCCCAAGAGUUAGAGGAAGAGGAGGGUUCAGUCUGGAAUGGAUGUCUUACUACUUUGGUCAGAUGUACUGAAAAGCCCUGGUUUUGACCCAUAUUCUGUCUCCUCCAGAGGUCGUGGACGACCGGGAACAUGGACUUUCCCAUUGUGACAGACAUCCAGCAAAAC